AUGCUGAGGGUCAAGAGCUCGCGUCGUCCCGCGGGACUCAAGCCUACAGACUACGAUCAUGAAAUUGCCCUAGUCGAUCACGACGCCGCCGCGACACCGACAGGAUUGCUGGACCUGGAGGAGGAACACGAGGAGGAGCAACAAGAGAACUGUGGCGAGCAAGAUGGCGCCCCAAGGAAACCGUCAAGCAAUACGCUCAAUGCCCACACCAAUGAGCAUGACGGUUCCCAUACUGAGGGUGAAAGCCAAACCCAUACAUCAUCGAACCACAUCGAGAACGGUCAACCUUCAACGCCCCCACAAACAAGGCCAUCCAUUGAAGUCCAAGAACCAACUCCCGACGGCUUUCAUGGAGAUCAUCCACGUGUGAAGCCAAAGAAGCCUCAUGUUGAGCGCGAGACAGCGAUAGACAUCCUUUACGAGAAUGAAAGGGGUGGGUUUCUCUGCGGCAUUCCUCUGUUUUCUUCGCAAGCUCUUGGAGGACUUGAUCCACCUGCUUGGACCAACGGGUACCAUAAAGCUUCACCAAGCAACAUCCAUAAUGCACAAGUUCCUGACCCUACAUGGGAAUGGGCGUGGCCCGAGUGGCGAAUUAACCAUCAAAAAGGAGUCGACGAACAUGGCUGGGAAUAUUCCUUCCACUUUUCAAAAAAGUUUUCCUGGCACAGCGGCAAGUGGUGGAAUUCGUUUGUUCGAAGACGUGCCUGGAUUCGAAAGCGGGUGCGAAAGAGACCGGAGGAAGUGUCUGCCGAUCCGCACAUGCUCAACACGGAUUACUUCACGAUACGGCCGGCUACUCACAAAUCACCAAAGUCUCGCGCGAGCGUCACUAGCAGUCGUCUCAGUCGCUCGAGUAUGAGCCAGAUGUUGACCGCGGACGCGGACGAGAAACCUGCCGAUAUUGACAACGUGGAUGACCUCAUGCGCGCUCUUCGACAAGCCAGAAUAGACCGAGAGAAGCUUGACGCUGUCAAUAACUACAUGGAACAUGCAACGGACCUCCAAAACCUCCAGCACGAGAUGCAUGAGAUAAUGUCUUUAUUUGUUUUCCAACAAUCACGCCGCAUAUUGCUCAGCAGAUUGAUGGAGAUUCAUGACGAGACGACAACUCAGAUGAAGAAGACGAACACUUCUGAAUUACGAGAGCGAAACCAGGCAUUGAAGGAUGCAGUCCAUCAUGCUGACGAAGAGGUUCGCAAGCUAGCCUACUGGAGCGAUGUAAAGCAAAUGGCCGAGAGCGGCGAGGCGAAAGAGGCAGUCAAAGGAGAUAAAGGUUGGGAUGAAAGCUGGGAAGGUGUCGACCAGAGCGGCGGCGCUCAUCCAAUGCAGGAAAAGGCCAUGGUCAACGGUAAAAAGAAGGAAUCGGAGACAUGA